AUGGAGCUGAGCCUCGACGGGCUGGGCAGCCUCCACCAGGCCGGCGAGCUGCUGAGCCCCGCCGGGGCACACGGCCGGCAGCCGCCGCCGCCGCCUCCUCCUCCUCCGCCGUCAGCUCACCGCAACCUGGUCUCGUCGCACGGCCGGCCGGCGAUGGUCUCCACCAUGGCGUCGAUCCUGGACGGGGCGGGCGAGUACCGGCCGGAGCACACGCUGGGCGCCCCGGCGGCGCUGCACCCGGCCAUGAGCAUGGCCUGCGAGUCGCCGUCGGGCAUGAGCACCUACACCACGCUGACGCCCCUGCAGCACCUGCCGCCCAUCUCCACCGUCUCGGAGAAGUUCCACCACCAUCACCACCACCACCACCCGCACCACCACCACCACCACCCGCACCACCAGCGCCUGUCGGGCAACGUCAGCGGCAGCUUCACCCUGAUGCGCGAGGAGCGCAGCCUGGCCGCCUCCAUGGGCAACCUCUACGGGCACUACCCCAAAGACAUGCCCGCCAUGGGGCAGCCCCUCUCGCCCCUCUCCAACGGCCUGGGCUCGCUGCACAACAGCCAGCAGUCGCUGGCCCCCUACGGGCCGGGAGGCCACCUGGCCGGCGGCGGCGGCGGCGGCGGCGACAAGCUGCUCACGCCCGGCGGCUUCGAGGCUCACAUGCUCUCCCGGAGCGAGGAGCACCUGGCGCGGGGGCUGGGGGCGCCGGGCGCCGCCGGCAUGAUGCCCCCGCUCAACGGCAUGCACCCCCACGGGCACCCGCACGGGCAGGCCAACGGCGCCCUGCUGGGCGAGCGGGAGCGGCAGGCGUCCGCCUCGGGCUCGCAGGCCGGCGGCCCCGGGGGCCAGGUGGAGGAGAUCAACACCAAGGAGGUGGCGCAGCGCAUCACGGCCGAGCUGAAGCGCUACAGCAUCCCGCAGGCCAUCUUCGCCCAGCGGAUCUUGUGCCGCUCGCAGGGCACCCUCUCCGACCUGCUGCGCAACCCCAAGCCCUGGAGUAAGCUCAAGUCUGGCCGCGAGACCUUCCGCAGGAUGUGGAAAUGGCUGCAGGAGCCCGAGUUCCAGAGGAUGUCCGCCCUCCGGCUGGCAGCGUGCAAACGUAAAGAACAGGAGCAGCAGAAGGACCGGAAUCUGCAGCCCAAGAAGCAGCGGCUGGUCUUCACGGACCUCCAGCGCCGGACCCUGAUUGCCAUCUUCAAAGAGAACAAGCGUCCUUCCAAAGAGAUGCAAAUGACCAUCUCCCAGCAGCUGGGCCUGGAGCUGAACACCGUCAGCAACUUCUUCAUGAACGCCCGCCGGCGCUGUAUGAACCGCUGGCAGGAAGAGCCCGGCACCAACCCCGGAGUCCCGUCUUCAUCGACAAGCACUUUCCCCAAAGCAUGA